GUCAAUGUUUAAAUGAAAAUAUUAAUAUAAAUAGUGAUUCGUUAACUAAUAGUUUAAAUUUUGGAAAUUGUUCUAUAAAAAUUGAUGAUGGUGAUGAAUGGAUGUUUACGGAAAGUAAAUAUAUAGUAUAUGAAAGAUUAGAUACAGUUUGGCAUUUAUAUCAACCUAAAUAUUCUGAAGAUAAAUAUUUUAAAAAGAGAAACAAUUGGCAAUCAACUAUAAAAGAUCCGGAUGAACUUAAAAAAUUUCCAUAUUAUUUUAAAAAAAUGGCAUAUGCGGAAAAAAUAACUGCUUAUUUAGGAGAUAAACCUUUGGGUCCAAUGAAAGUAGAUAAUAAAGAUGUAACAUUUUAUCCAAUGGAUUAUAAGAUGUGUUUUAGAAUUUUAUUAAUUGAAACAUGUGAUUCAAAUUUAUUACAUGAAGGACUUAAAAAUCAAAAUGUUCGACAUAAAAUAUUAACAGAUCCAACUAAUAUAUAUUCGAAAGUAAAAGAAGGAUUUAGAAUAAUUGAAUCUGCACCAAAAGUUUGUGAUAAAUGUAUAAUUAAUAGAGCUAAUUUAAAAUUAUGUUCUAAAUGUUCUAAAGAAAAACUUUGUUAUGAUUUUUGUAAUAAAAAAUGUGGAAGAUGGUAUUCACCUGAAGAUUGGUUUAUUUUUUGUAUAGAUUUUGAUCAAAUGAUAAAUUGU